AUGCCGCGGUGUGGCACGGCAGGGGCACGGUCAUUUUCCCCACCUCAAGCUGUCCGAUCUACUGGCUCGGUAUCAACCGGCCGAUGGAAACCCAGACGAGGCGAGGGUGGUACUCAUCCUGCACUGGCCUCCACUCCAGGACACCACCGUUGCCUUGUCGCAGCAAAAGCAAGGCACCCAGGUCAUUCUGCGUACAGGCUUCGACCUCGACAUGCCGAUCAGUGUCUACAAUUACCUGGCCAUCAAGCUCUCAACCGCCAGCCAGCUCGGGUAAAGGGCGACGCACUCAACGAGCUGACGCGCAAAGUCCUCAACCGAGGCCUCAAGGAAUUCACAAGCACCGACGCGGAGCACAUCAUCCGUCGGUGCAAGACCGACGGCCUGAACCAGAUGACGGUUCUCUUCGGUGCUCAGAACCGAGACGUACUGAACAAGGUAAUCGACAUUGCGCAAGACGACCCAGCUCUCGAGGUCCAGCGCCUCGAUAUUGCAUAUCGAGAACUGCUGCCCGUUGAGAUGGGAUUGCCGAGGGCGGAGUCGACAGCCGCUGCCUUCGCGCACUCGCACAGCAAUGUGCCCGGCAAUGGCUUCUGCCAGCAGAGGUUCCCAGACCUCGGCGCAGGACGCCAGCACCUCGAUCAUGCCAAGAUCCGCGCCAUCUCGGACGGCAUUAGCAACCACCGCGAGCGCAUCGUCAAGAGCUUUGCGACAAAGGGCACCCGGUUCGCGCAGCACCGACCAUUCCAUCAACUGGCGAUCGCACCAGCAGAAAUGGGUGCCACGACCCAGACAUUCUGGGAGCAGACCUCCUCUCGCAAGUAUGCCGCACCCUGA